UCCCGGCUUCAUUCAUUAAGACUGGAGCGGUUACACCGGGUACACGCGGAGCCGGAGCUUGCGGGACUGGACUACUGCGGACUCUUCUUCUUGGCGGCGGUGAAAUUUCUAUAUAGAUGUAGCUAUCUAUUUAAACCGGAGAGAAAGUUUUGUGGGUUUCUUUUUUGCAAAGAGUCCUUCUAGAUCGUCCUUCCGUCUCGUCCUGAGGAUAGACUUACUUUCUGUGGGCUUCUGGAUCGCGCCCCUCUGCCAUCCUUCAGCUCUUGGGACGCCCGGAAAGGAUUGGAACCGGAUCCGAAGCGCGCACUGAGCGGCGGGUCUCUGGGCGGGGAGCGAUCCCCGCGUCGCCCCCCGUGAAACCGACGCAGGUUGGACUUUCAGGAGGCACAGCGGCAGCCCGAAGGGGACCUGGGCGCUCGCGGAGGGUCCUCGCAUCGAAACCUGCGCAGCUCUCUGAGCCGGAGCUAAGCUUCCCCGCGCAGCGCACUUUGGGGACGUGUCCGGUCCACUCCGGACUUAUAGCUCCUUCCACUCGGCCAUAGCCUUGGCUUCCCGGCGACCUCAGCGUGGUCACAGGGGCCCCCCUGUGCCCAGGGAAAUGUUUCAAGCUUUCCCCGGAGACUACGACUCCGGCUCCCGGUGUAGCUCGUCGCCCUCCGCCGAGUCUCAGUACCUGUCUUCGGUGGACUCCUUCGGCAGCCCGCCCACCGCCGCCGCCUCCCAGGAGUGCGCCGGUCUCGGGGAGAUGCCCGGCUCCUUCGUGCCAACGGUCACCGCAAUCACCACCAGCCAGGACCUCCAGUGGCUCGUCCAACCCACCCUCAUCUCUUCCAUGGCCCAGUCCCAGGGACAGCCGCUGGCCUCGCAACCUCCAGCUGUCGACCCUUAUGACAUGCCAGGAACCAGCUACUCAACCCCAGGCCUGAGUGCCUACGGCACUGGUGGGGCAAGCGGAAGUGGCGGGCCUUCAACCAGUACAACCACCAGUGGACCCGGGCCUACCCGCCCAGCCAGAGCCAGGCCCAGAAGACCCCGAGAAGAGACGCUUACUCCGGAAGAGGAGGAGAAACGAAGGGUUCGCAGAGAGCGGAACAAGCUGGCUGCAGCCAAGUGCAGAAAUCGUCGGAGGGAGCUGACGGACCGACUGCAGGCGGAAACGGAUCAGCUAGAAGAGGAAAAGGCAGAGCUGGAGUCGGAGAUAGCGGAGCUGCAGAAAGAGAAGGAACGCCUGGAGUUUGUCCUGGUGGCCCACAAACCGGGCUGCAAGAUCCCCUACGAAGAGGGGCCGGGGCCAGGCCCGCUGGCCGAGGUGAGAGAUUUGCCAGGGUCAACAUCCGCUAAGGAAGACGGCUUCGGCUGGCUGCUGCCGCCCCCUCCACCACCGCCCCUGCCCUUCCAGACCAGCCGAGACGCACCCCCCAACCUGACGGCUUCUCUCUUUACACGCAGUGAAGUUCAAGCCCUCGGCGACCCCUUCCCCGUUGUUAGCCCUUCUUCGUACACUUCCUCGUUUGUCCUCACCUGCCCGGAGGUCUCAGCGUUCGCCGGCGCCCAACGCACCAGCGGCAGCGAGCAGCCGUCCGACCCCCUGAGCUCGCCCUCCCUUCUUGCUCUGUGAACUCUUUAAGACAAACAGAACAAACAAACGCGCAAGGAACACGGAGGAGGAGGAGGGGAAGGUGCAGUCAGGGGCUGUGUGUGGACCCCUUGACUCUUCUGUCUGACCGACUGCCACCUCCGCCGCCCGACACGACGGAAGCACCUCUUUUGUGUUUUGUGCUCCGGUCUCUGCGCCCCGGCCAGGCCGGAGAGCUGGUGACUCUGGGAACGGGGGUGGGGCGGGGUGGACACCCCUUCUGCAGAUAACUGUUUGUCCUUUCACUUCAACUUCUGGGGAUGCACGGCUGGGGGGCUGGGUGGGACGCGACGCCCACUUUUGGCGUCUCGCGUGAGGCCGGAGGGGAAAGGGUGCUGGGUGUGGGGUGCGGGGUGGGCUUCAGGUCGAGUGGCCUGCACCCCCAGAAAGGCCCAACGAGGAAACGGCAGCCCUGUCCUUCUCUCUCCCCUCCGCCCAACCACCCUCCAGGGUGCAGGGUGACCAUGAGAGCGCCCAUUUGCCCCCUCGGGCCUUAGCUGAUUAACCCAACAUUUCCAAGAGGCCAAAACCUCCGGGACGAACUGAGCCCCCGACCGAGGGACGUCGCUGCCCGCUUUGGGAGUCCGCUACCCCCACUUCCAGCUGAUUCUAAAAUGUGAACCCCUAUCUGACCGUCCAGCCUUUCCCUCCUGGGAAAGCCGGCUCGGGCUGGACGUUUCCCUCCUGUUGCAGAGCCCCCUCGCAGCCCGCGCCCACCCCUGCAGUGUUCCGCCCUGCCCCCCGUCGCCCUCGGCCGUCCUCGUUGGGCCUUUCUGGUUUCAGGCAGCAGGGGGCGCUGCGACGCCCGUCUUGCUGGAGCGCUUUAUACUGUGAAUGAGCGGCCGGACUGCGGGGUGCGCCGUGGGACUGACCCCCGACCCUCCAAACCCUUCCCUGGGCCUCCCUUCCCUCCAACUGCCUCCUUCCUCCCCUCGACGGGGAGUUAAACCCAACGGAGUGACAGUGAUGCGUCCCAGUGGCCUUGCUCGGGCCCCAGACUCCUCCAAGGCCUUCUUCGCCUUCCCCAGCCUAGGACGCCAACUUCUCCCGCCCUGGAGCCCCGCAUCCUCUCACAGAGGUCGAGGCAAAUUUCCAGAGAAGUUUUCAGGGCCGAGGCUUUGGCCCCCUUUCCCUUCAUAUCUGAACCCCCAAAUAUUUUUGGACUGGCAUACUUUAAUUGGGGGCUGAGUUCCCACUACCCCACUCCAUCCAGUUCCUCCAGCCCCAAAUAUGGGUCCUGGCUCCUCCCUCCAGCUUUCACCUCGUGAGAAUUCCACGAGUUAGAUUUCUAUUUUUUAAUAUUGGGGAGAUGGGCCCUACUGCCCCCCUCCCUUUGUGCUGCAUGGAAUACAUUCCACACCCUGUCCUGGGUCCUUGGUUGCAAUCCUAAUCCCACCUCCUCCCCCCCAGGCUAUUUAUCCCUUCCCUGGUUCCCGGAAAGCACUUAUAUCUAUUAUGUAUAAAUAAAUAUAUUAUAUAUGAGUGUGUGCGUGUGUGUGCGCCUGCGUGCGUGCGUGCGUGUGUGCGUGCGUGCGAGCUUCCUCGUUUGCUGUGGAGUUGGAAACUUUUGGGGAUUGGAGUCCGACUUUCCGGCUGUCCCUCCCCUCACGGUCACUUUUUGUCCUUGUUGCCCCGGCCCUCUGGCUGUCGGAGACAGUCCCUGUAUCUUUUCUCAGUCUGUUUUGCUCUAACCUCUUUCUCACUGGCCUCGAUGUGUCGUUAAUCCUGGGUUUGUUGGGGACAUGCAUUUUUAUUUUUGUGAGUAAGUGUGACAAUCUGUAUCUUUGAAAUUUCUGGGUGGGAAUGUAUGAUCAUCAGGAGAAAGGCCUGCCGCUGCCGACCACAAUUCAUUGACUCCAUAGCCCCCUACCCUUGCUGUAUUUGUGACGUUGUGUGUAUGUGUGUGUGUGUAUUUUGCACCUGACCCCGGGGGUGCUGGGGCAGUCUAGCACUGAGCAGCUCCCCUCCCCCCUUGGUUCUGCACUGUCGCCAAUAAAAAGCUUUAAAAAAAAUCUA